AUGAUUCCUACACUACUGCCUCUGGGACAAGCUGGAGGCUCAACUGCUUCUCCGGACAUACCGACUCUUGGAUCAGCUUCCACGUCUGCUUGCGUAGCACUAUGCCGCAAGCCGUCCACUGGACCUCAAACGUCUGCGGCCGCAGCGUGGAAGCCACGUGCUACCACGCGGUUGAGUAUACGGAGGACUUACCUCAUUCGCCACCCCAGUGGCCUGAUCAAUAUAACAGCCAUGCACUACGAACGCCCUUCUAAGGGUCGCAAAGAUCAGUCGCCGGAUACUCUUUCAGUGUCAGAUAUGUCAAUUAUGAGAGUCGCAGUUGCCGGCACUGGUGGGCUUGGACGACUUAUCGCUCACUACAUCGAUGCCGACACGAGCCAUCACGUUGUGCUUCUAUCAAGAACAGAGCAGCCACAGCUCACGAGCGCGGGAUAUCAGGUUGCAGUAGUCAACGACGUUUGCGUGAAUCCAGGGAUUGGCGGCGAAGGCGACUACAUGAUGAACUGCAGGACAAUGACGGCCAUGAUCCCGGCGUACAACACAGAAAACGAAUCGAAUGUCACUAUCUGCAUGACCGCGGCGCAGGACGUGGCCCGUUUCGUCGUGAAGGCGCUCGACCUCUGCACCUGGCCUCCCGAACUCCGCAUGUGCCGUGGCAGAGUAUUGGUCAAAGAUCUUGUCGCUCUUGUACAACGACUGAAAGGGCAACGUUUCGACGCGCAAUGGCAUGGCCCAACGACACUUCGCGCUGAGCUGCAGGUAGCAGUCGCUCAGGAUGAUCAGGCACGACAAAUCCGCAUACAAGCUCUGAUCAAUACGGCAGAAGGCUGCUACGACUUUACGCAGCCUGACCUGAAUCAACACUUCAAUGAAGUGCGCACGGUGGACUUCGCAACGUGGUUCACACGCAAGUGGAACCCGCACUCCUGA